AUGUUCAGCCCUGGGAAUUUCUUCCUGGCGGCCCUGACGGCUACCGUUGUCCGUGCACUCUAUGUCAACGGCAAUGUCACAGCACCAUGCGACUCGCCCAUCUACUGUCAUGGCGACAUCCUUCGAGAAAUUGAAUUGGCUCGGCCAUUCUCCGAUUCAAAGACAUUUGUCGACAUGCCAGCAAUCAAGUCACUCGAGGAAAUUCAGGCCGCAUUUGACAAGCUUGACAAGCCCCUCAGCAACAAUUCGGCUCUCAACGAUUUUCUCAGCGACAACUUUGCGGAUGCAGGAGGCGAGCUUGAGGAAGUGCCGAGCAAAGAACUCGACACAGAUCCUGAAUUCCUCAACAAGAUCAACGACACCGUUAUACACGAAUUCACGCAGAAGGUCGUCGACAUCUGGCCUGACCUCACCCGUCGCUAUAGUGGUGAGCAUGCUGGCAACUGCACUGAUUGCCCCAGCAGUUUUAUCCCCAUCAACCGCACCUUUGUUGUAGCUGGCGGUCGCUUCCGCGAACCCUACUACUGGGAUACCUAUUGGAUUAUCCAUGGCCUGCUGCGCACCGGCGGAUCCUUUAUCGACAUCACGAAGAACACUCUUGAAAAUUUCCUCGACUUCAUUGAACAGUUCGGCUUCGUCCCCAAUGGCGCCCGCCUAUAUUACCUCGACCGUUCUCAACCUCCACUCCUGUCUCAUAUGGUGCGCGUCUAUGUUGAGCAUACGAAGGAUACUACUAUCCUCGAACGCGCUCUGCCGCUGCUGGUUAGGGAGCACGAGUUCUUCAUGACGAACCGCACGGUAGACGUCAAGAUUGAUGGCCGCACCUACAAGCUCAACCGCUACGCCGUGGAGAACAACCAGCCACGUCCCGAAUCGUACCGCGAAGACUACGAGACUGCACGCAACUCAUCGUACUACUCCGAUUCCGGGAUCAUCUACCCCGAGGAUAGAACACUCACCGAUGAUGAGGUUAAAGAGCUAUACGCCAAUCUUGCCAGCGGCGCCGAGUCCGGCUGGGACUAUACCAGCCGCUGGAUUGCGACGCCCGAGGAUGCUGUGAACGAUGUAUACUUUCCUCUGCGCUCUCUCAAUACCAAGGAGAUUAUUCCCGUCGACCUCAACUCCAUCCUGUACGGCAACGAGCUAGAAAUCUCCCGCUUCUACAACGAAACAGGAAACUCGACGGGAGCUGAAUACUGGGGCAAGCUGGCAGCCAACCGAUCCGAGGCCAUGCACACCGUCCUGUGGAAUCAGACACACUUUAGCUACUUUGACUACAACCUAACGUCAUCAUCUCACAACCUGUUUAUACCGGCCGAACCCGAUUCAUCCCCGCUUGACCUGCGAUAUGCGCCCAAGGGAAAGCAGGUGGUCUUCAGUGUCGCUCAGUUCUAUCCAUUCUGGAUGGGGGCUGCUCCUGACUACCUGAAGAACAAUCCGUACGCCGUGCAGAUGGCCUACCAGCGCGUGUCGGACUACCUCGAGCUCCGAGCCGGCGGCAUACCGGCCACCAACUUUCGAACUGAUCAGCAGUGGGACCAGCCGUCCGUGUGGCCGCCUCUCAUGCACAUCCUCAUGGCGAGCCUGCACGGCGUACCUGCGACGUUUGGUGAGGAUGACCCUGCCUACUUAUGGGUGCGCAAGCUUGCCCUCCGCCUAGGUCAGCGCUACCUCGACUCCACGUUCUGCACAUGGCGCGCGACGGGCGGCUCGACAUCGGAAACUCCUCAGAUUCCCGGCUUGGGAGAGGAAGAUGUCGGCAUAAUGUUUGAAAAGUACAGUGACAACUCGACCAACGUGGCCGGUGGAGGCGGAGAGUACGAGGUGGUCAAGGGUUUUGGCUGGACAAACGGCGUCCUCAUCUGGACUGUCGACACGUUUGGAAGCAACUUGACGCGACCGGAUUGCGGAGACCUCCAACCCGCCGAUGCGUCAUCUGCGCGGAGAGCCCGCAGUGCUGUUGAGUUGCACCAGCGGGAUGCGCAGCGCACCAAGAUGUUUGGCCGCAGAGUCAGCGACGCCGUGUAG